GAAGCGGGUUGGGGAGGCGGCAGCCAUUUUGUGCCGGGAGCACGGAGGAAGAAGACGCUGGUGUCUCCACACGGCACGGGCCCUGGAGCCGACCGAGAACCCCGCCGUUCCGUCCGCCGACCCUCAGCGGGUCUCUGACCCACUGACAACUUCUCCCUUUGUAGCCCUUCCAAGAAGCGAGGUGGCGCAAAGCGACUCCGCCGAGACACAGCCGCCCCUGGCUGGCCCUUCUCCCCGUACCCCUAGCCCCUCACCAUCACCACGGCCAGCAUUCCGCUGCCUCUCGCCCACCCCCCCGGGGGCCAUGAGAGGCUUCGGAGACCGGGGGCGCGACCGAGACCGCGGAGGAUUUGGAGCAAGUCGUGGAGGUCCUCUUCCUCCAAAGAAAUUUGGUAAUCCGGGAGAACGUCUACGUAAGAAAAAGUGGGAUUUAAGUGAGCUGCCCAAGUUUGAGAAGAAUUUUUAUGUGGAACAUCCAGAGGUGGCCAGGCUUACUCCGUAUGAAGUUGAAGAACUGAGAAGAAAGAAAGAGAUAACAAUUCGAGGAAUGGAGGGCUGCCCCAAGCCUGUGUUUGCAUUCCACCAGUGUAGCUUUCCGCAAUAUGUGAUGGAUGCCUUGAUGGAUCAGAACUUCACAGAACCCACACCAAUUCAGUGCCAAGGCUUUCCCCUGGCUCUCAGUGGUCGUGAUAUGGUGGGCAUUGCUCAGACUGGCUCUGGGAAGACUCUAGCAUACUUACUGCCUGCAAUUGUUCACAUCAACCACCAGCCGUAUUUGGAGAGAGGGGAUGGUCCAAUUUGCCUGGUUCUGGCACCUACUAGAGAGUUGGCCCAGCAAGUGCAGCAGGUGGCUGACGAUUACGGCAAAUGCUCAAGACUGAAGAGUACCUGCAUAUACGGAGGAGCACCCAAAGGUCCCCAGAUCAGAGAUCUAGAAAGAGGUGUGGAGAUCUGCAUUGCAACACCAGGCCGUUUGAUUGACUUCCUUGAGGCAGGGAAAACCAACCUUCGCCGGUGUACAUACCUUGUCCUGGAUGAGGCAGACAGGAUGUUGGACAUGGGCUUUGAACCUCAAAUUCGUAAAAUCGUUGAUCAGAUCAGGCCCGACAGACAGACCCUGAUGUGGAGUGCUACCUGGCCAAAAGAAGUGCGCCAGCUUGCCGAGGACUUCCUGCAGGAUUAUGUUCAAAUCAAUGUGGGGAAUUUGGAGCUGAGUGCCAACCACAAUAUCCUGCAGAUAGUGGAUGUAUGCAUGGAAAGCGAGAAAGACCAUAAACUGAUACAGCUGAUGGAAGAAAUCAUGGCAGAGAAGGAGAACAAGACCAUCAUCUUUGUGGAGACAAAGAGGCGAUGUGAUGAUCUCACUCGCAGGAUGCGCAGAGAUGGUUGGCCAGCUAUGUGUAUCCAUGGAGACAAGAGUCAGCCGGAAAGAGAUUGGGUGCUUAAUGAAUUCCGUUCUGGAAAGGCUCCCAUCCUCAUUGCUACCGACGUUGCAUCUCGUGGGCUAGAUGUGGAAGAUGUAAAAUUUGUGAUAAACUACGACUAUCCGAACAGCUCCGAAGAUUACGUGCACCGUAUUGGCCGUACCGCACGUAGUACCAACAAGGGUACUGCCUACACCUUCUUCACACCCGGCAACCUGAAACAGGCCAGGGAGCUUAUCAAAGUGUUGGAAGAAGCCAAUCAAGCCAUCAAUCCGAAACUGAUGCAGCUUGUGGACCACAGAGGAGGUGGAGGUGGUGGUGGAGGAGGUCGUUCUCGUUACCGUACAAGCAGUUCAGUAAACAACCCUAACCUGAUGUACCAGGAGGAGUGUGACAGGAGGCUCCGGGGAGUGAAGGAAGGCCGGAGAGACUCAGGUGGCUUCAGAGACCGUGAGCGUGGUGACAGUUUUGCCAACGGAGCCAACAAGACCUAUGGCAGUGCCUAUGGGAGCCCAAAUUCUGCUUUUGGGGCAGCACAGAGCCAGUAUGGCUACACCCAAGGGAGCUAUGGAGCAGCUGCCUAUGGCACGAGUGGCUAUGGCACUGCAGAGUACAGUGCCAGUGGCUACGGUGCCAGCAGUAUAAAUAAAAACACUGUUGUCAAUAAACUGUGA